CACACGACUCAGCUGCUGUCUGCACUAUAAAAGCGCAGCAUCUCUCCCAGCAUCACAGCAACGACCUUAGACAGGUGAAACGUGCAACUGCUGCCUUCUUCAAGUGAACAUCAAACCCAUCCCGCGUACGACAUGGAUCCUUGCGACUGCUCCAAGACUGGAACCUGCAACUGUGGUGCAUCAUGCUCGUGCACCAACUGCUCCUGCACCACCUGCAAAAAGAGCUGCUGCUCCUGUUGCCCAUCUGGAUGCAGCAAGUGUGCAUCAGGCUGUGUGUGCAAAGGGAAGACUUGUGACAAGAGCUGCUGUCAGUGAAGAGCAUGCGACCUUUGCUGUUCCCCCAGGGAUGAAUCCCUUUUUGUUUUGAUUUCCAUGUCUUAGCUACAUAGUCGUUUUUGUAUUUGUUCUAUACUGAAAUAAAUGUUUCCUUAAUGUCAA